UGCACACCCUUUUCUUAAUUUAUAUUAUACUUUAUAAACAAUGUUACCUUAAACAGUGAAACGGGUAUUGAAGAGAUCAUAAGAAAGUGACCCUUGAUUGAGUGAUAGAAUCAAGUUGAGGGCAAACCUACAAGUAUAAAUAAGCAUCAACCACUAGACCAAAAGAUCAUUGCCACAUAAAUUGGAAGACAAACAACUUUAUCCAACACACACACAAACUUUGAAACAUUUGAUUCUACAUGUAUUGGCGUGGAGUGAUGGCAGGCCAAAUUGGUCAUGGUAUCAUGGAGGAAGAGGUUUGGAGGAAAGGGCCAUGGACUGCUGAAGAGGAUAGGUUGUUGAUUGACUAUGUUAGACUGCAUGGUGAAGGAAGAUGGAACUCUGUUGCUCGGCUUACAGGAUUGAAAAGGAAUGGAAAGAGUUGCAGAUUGAGGUGGGUGAAUUAUCUAAGACCAGAUCUCAAAAGGGGUCAAAUAACACCACAAGAAGAAAGCAUAAUAUUAGAGCUUCAUGCUAGGUGGGGAAACAGGUGGUCAACAAUUGCAAGAAGUUUACCAGGAAGAACAGACAAUGAAAUAAAGAAUUACUGGAGGACUCAUUUCAAGAAAAAAGCAAAAAAUCCCUUUGAUGCUGCCGAAAAGGCGAAAAACCGAUUCCUGAGAAAGCAGUUAUUUCACCAGCAGCAGCAACAGCAACAAUUGCAACAGCAGCAGCAGCAACAACAACUGCAAUUCAACUUAGACAUGAAAGGUGUCAUGUCCAUGUUUGAGGAAAACAAUAGCCAUAGAGUUCCUUAUAUAUCUCAAGCUAGACAAGAAAUUUUCAACAUGUAUCCAAAUACAACAGAGGAUCAGGGUUACUUUAUGCUCAAUGGAAACUCUUCUGUACCUAAUGCAACAGAAGAUGAUACUUUGUUGGAUGGUCUGUGGAAUUUGGAUGAUGUUCAAGGAAAUUUCAGUGUUGCUAAUGCAACAAACAAAGCUGGUCUAUACAAUUUAGUUGCUCCUUACUGUUAGUUUUACUUAGAUGAGGAAAUUUAUAAGUACUCUUAGUUUUAGUUUAUUUAAGUUAUAGUUUGAUAUAAGGCUCCAAAAACCAUGAGCUUUGGAUUUGUAGCAUAAGGUGUGUAGUUGAGUUAGGAAAAUGAUGUUCUCAAAGCAACUUAGUAAUGUAAUCUGCCAAUAAAGUGUCUCAGUUUUGCUUAUAAAAACUUAA